AUGGAUCCCUCACUUCGAUCUCACUAUCUGGCAGACAACCCUCCAACGGUCGUUCGACUGGAGAUUGCCCCUCACUUCGCCGCCCUUUCACCCAAGGAGAAGCGUUACGCCCACCAUCUGAGCCGGGCAUCUUUCCAUGGCACGCGGGUAACACUGACCCAAGUAUCGCCUGAAUCUCCCGUCAUUUAUGAUCUCAUACUAGCGUUCCAUCGUGCCUGUGGUGGUGACUACAGCAAGCUCUCUGCCAAUACUUCCGUCGCUUCCUCAGAUAUCACCUUGUGGCUCGAGUAUGCUGCACAAUUCCUAGGCAAUGCGGGCAAUUACAAAGGCUUCGGUGACUCAAAAUUCAUACCUAGAAUAUCGCCGGAAGAGCUGAAAAAGCUCAGUGGUGUGAAUGAAGAAACGCAGAAGCUAUAUGAGCAGGCGACCAAGACAGCGGGAGGGAUAUACGAGACCAAAGAUGUCGCUCUCAUGCACCUGGGUUACCCUGAAGCAGGCCAUAUGACAAACUACUAUCCAGACUCACCAACAAUCACGAAAGAGGAGAUUUCCAUUGUUGGAGACGUGCUGGAAGAGAAGAAAUUGUUGAUCGAGAACACCAGGUUGCGAAAGCUCGACUCGGGUGAUUUUGAACUGCUCAUAGCUUCUGGGAUAUCCAAUCCACCGGCUUCAGAGCGGGACCUGCGCGACGUCACCUCAAUCGACCUAACAGGCACGCUCGCUGGAAAGAAGUUGCACCUAGUCUACGGUGAUUACCAAGAGGAGAUGGCCAAGAUUGCCCUUGAGUUCAAGAAGGCAAAGAAAGAAGCCGCCAAUGAAAUCGAAGAGAAGAUGAUGGACGAGUACGCGAAGACCUUCAGUACAGGCAGCAUCCAGGCCUUUGUAGAAUCUCAGCGGUACUGGAUCAAGGACAAGAAGCCCAUGGUCGAAACAGACAUAGGCUUUGUGGAGACUUACCGGGACCCUCACGGGGUCCGGGGCGAAUGGGAAGGGUUUGUCGCUAUGGUCAACCAAGAGCGGACUCGCGCAUUCGGCAAGCUUGUCGACGCCGCUCCCAGCAUGAUCCCGAAACUGCCGUGGUCCAAAGACUUCGAGAAGGACAAAUUUCUGAGCCCGGAUUUUACUUCGUUGGAAGUCUUGAGCUUCGCUGGCAGCGGUAUCCCGGCGGGCAUCAACAUUCCGAACUACGAUUUCAUCAGGCAGAACGAAGGCUUCAAGAAUGUGAGCUUAGGAAACGUCCUCAGCGCCAAAGCUCCUAAUGAGCCUAUUCCCUUCAUUCGCCAGCAGGACGACGAGCUGUAUCGCAAGUACCGGGAUCCUGCUUUCGAGGUUCAAGUGGGCAUUCACGAACUCCUCGGUCAUGGCUGUGGCAAGCUGCUCCAGGAAACUGCUCCAGGGAAGUAUAAUUUCAACAUCAAGAAUCCUCCCGUCAGCCCUAUUACGAAAAAACCGAUCAAGUCGUAUUACAAGCCUGGCCAAACCUGGUCAAGCGUCUUCGGACCCAUUGCCUCUUCGUACGAGGAGUGUCGCGCCGAAUGUGUUGCAAUGGCUCUUGCUUGUGACUUUGAAAUUCUGCAAAUCUUUGGCUUCGGCAACGGCAAAGAAGACAUCGACAAUGAGGCUGGCGACGUCCUAUAUGUGUCAUAUCUGCAAAUGGCGCGAGCUGGUGUAGCGGCUCUCGAAUACUGGGAUCCUAAGUCUAGAAAAUGGGGCCAAGCUCAUAUGCAGGCCCGCUUCUCCAUUCUCCGCACAUUUUUGGACGCUGGCGGCAGCUUCUGCGAGAUCAGGGCUCUCAAUGGUGACGCGAAUAACCCGGAGGACUUGGAAAUCCACCUGGACCGCAGCAAGAUCAUCUCACAUGGACGACCGGCAGUCGAGGCAUAUCUGCAAAAGUUACACAUCUACAAGGCAACUGCCGAUUUCGAGGCAGGUAAGAAGAUGUACGAUGACAUUACCAGCGUGGACCAAUGGUGGGCACAGAAAGCAAGACCCGUGGUUUUGAAGAAAAAGACCCCAAGGAAGGUAUUUGUGCAGGCCAAUACGGUGUUGGACGAAAAGUCCGGUGAUGUCAAGUUGGUGGAGUAUGAGCCUACGCUUGAGGGCAUUGUGCAAAGCUAUUUUGAGCGGGGCGUGUGA